CUAGCUUCUGGAGUGUGUUUGCUCGUGAAGGAGGUGGAGAGAAUGGGAGGGGGCUGUGAUUAACUGCGUAUAAAACAUCCGUUCCCAGCAGACACACUCCAUACCCUUCUGGGUGUAAUGUUGGGCUCUGAGCUUGCAAAGUAACCAGAAGCUACUUGCAGCAAGAAAUCAGCUUUUAAACACAAUGGCCACCUUCUGGAGCUUGGUCAACGUUUCCAAAGGACAGCAGUUCACCUUGAUGUUGUGCGUCUUGAGUUUGAUUGUCCAAUGGAGCUGUCACUGUUCUGGAGAGGGCAUGGAAGCCAACAAGAUUGCAAACACUUCAGAUGUGAAUUCAACGACUGCCAACACAACGCAAUACUCCAAUGUCACCACAAGCACUGAGUCAAUUCCUCUUGGGAGCACCUCCAUGUUUAGGAUCUUAACUGACAUCACAGUGUCUGCUGUGGAACGCCAGAUGGACCUACACGAUUCACCCAGCCAAAGUGGAGAAAAAUCCCAAAUACAGGGUACAGAGCCCGAGUCCGACUAUCCUGUGGUGUUCAUCUCUUUACUUGUCCUGGGGCUGCUAUGUGCUUUGGGGAUACUGGCCACCUCGUACUAUUUGUGCAAGAAGAGCAGGACUCCCCCGCGCAGGAAACUGGACGAGGAAGCGGAUGCACGGGAUCACGACAGCAUAUAUUUCUCUGCCGCUUCGGAAGGCCAAUCCGAUAAGCCUAAACAGAACGGCGAAGCCCAGGAGAAGGGAGAGAGCAGCAAGGACGCUGCGAGUGCAGAACCGGGGGAGAAGCAAGCGAAGAAAGGGAAAGAGGAGGGAGACACGGAGCUCUAGAGCAAGGGGUCAGAUCUCACGGAAGGUACUAUACGUCUGGCUAAAGGAACUCGGCAUAAAGCAUUGGAUUUGAAAACAGCAUUCAAACACUAGCUCACAAAGAGUUAGAGUAAGUAUGGUUCAGUUUGCGAUCUAGUGGAAGAUGCCUUCACUUAGAGAGCUGGUGGAGGUACUCAUUCUGAACAGAAAAUAACUCACCUGGUGAUUGCGCGGAGUCUAUCUGAUCGGUGGAGUGUUUACCUAUCACCAGUGGUGAAAUCUCCCCUUGCCCAUCACUCCCAACCCCAGUUCCAUAGGCUUAUUUACAGAACGCACCAUUCAUACACUCAUCCUCCUGGACACGCACAACAGUGGAAGACAAACGGGCCACUGAGACCGUGUUCCCGACAAGCUCGUUAUGUGUCCGAUCCACGUGGAUCGUCGAGGGGUAGUCGCAGGCUGAAUCAGCCUGGUUCCCUUUCCGCUCCUGCAGGACCCGACGCGAGACAGCUCCACGGUUCCGAAGCCACAAGAUCACUCUGCCUGGUAGAUUCAUGGACACGGCGGUGGGGUGGGGGGGGGGGGGUAUUUCCUUCUCGCUUGUUAAUACUCUGGACCGUCAAGGUGUGCCUGUCACCCCUGGUGACUAACGGGAGAAUGUCGCCGCAGUAGGACACGACCUGCAUCUGCCGGGCGCUGCAACCUUCUCCCUCCAGCUCCAGGCUGCCACACGUGUCGUUAGAUUCUCAGUUGGGAAGCGGGGACGAAGUUGGGAAGUGUCCAAAGUGAAAGCUGACACGAUGAGGAAGGAUCAUGCUAACACAUUGACCCAAGAGUCGAUCUCCGUCAGAGGCACAAGGCUGGGGCUGCCCCCUUCACCAGCCGCCCCUGGAACGGACGUUCCGUGUGCGCAGUGACAGCGGCAGGAGGCGCCCUGGUGUGUUCACUGGCUGCACGGUCACUGAAAUAGCACCGGGAACAAGGGACAAUAUCCUCAAUCCCUCCUCUCUCCCUCAGUCUAUCCUCUGUCGCUCUCUUCCCUGAGUCCCUCGUCACCCACUCUCCCCCCUCAGUCUAUCUUCCCUCACCCUCCUCCCCCGGCCUCCUCCUCCUUCGCGUUUCUCGUGGGGGACGGGGUGGACUUCUGCACUUGCCGAGGAACCGGAGCUGCGGUGACUGUGGCCCAGGCCCCGGAGGGCUCCCAAACCCAAAGCCCAAGGUCUUCCCUUUCAGACAAACUGCCCUACAGACAGCUGGUCUUGUUCUGAUAACGGACCUAUAGUACCAGAUCCCUGUGAACAGCGGCUUGAUCUACAAACUCCUGCUGGGAGUGUUAGAACAUCCUGUAAAUCAGGGGUUGCCAGCCUGGGAGCCACAGACCCCUCGGCUAAUGGUAGGGGUCCGCGGCAUAAUAAAGGUUGGGAACCCCUGCUGUAAAUGAUUAAUUUCAGAUCAUCAAAUUAGAAUGUUGUAGAUGUAGAUACUGGCUAAUUUAAUGAUCACCGUGUAUUUCUCCUUUUUCUGCUAAUUCUGCACCAUGCGACCACAGGACCAUAGAUCCAGCAACUCACUGUAUGGAUGGGAGGCGUGGGCUGGUUGCUGUGUCAAUGGCAUGUGUUUAAAUACAAUGACUUUGGCUACUCGAGAAAAACUAAAGUAAAACUCACGUUCUAACUUCUCAAACUUUCCUGCAAAGGUUAUCUAUCUCCUGAGGUCCUGUUUGAUUAUUGAACUGUGUAAAUGACUGAAACUUGUAAUAACACACCACUAAACUCUGAUCUUCCGGCCACAAUAUAAGCUGGUAAAAUAUGACAUGCAGUGUUGCAUUUUUAUUCAGUCUGAGUGCUUUGAAAUAUGUUAAAUGCUUGUUUUUGAUUAAAAAAUGACAAAACAAUAGUUGGAGAAAAUACCUCGUGUGUAAGCACGCGGUAACCAUAUUGUCUCAUCUUACAGUUUCUCUGGGUAUUAAAUGCCCCUGGGGGAGGUACCCAGAACAUUCUAAUGUUGUCUUAUAAAUGUGAAUUGUACUUUAAACAGAAAUAAAGUUCUCUGAAAUAAUUUAUAUUG